AGUCGCGUCAUUGGCGUAAGCUUGGGUUUAUUCGACUAAACCGUCUUAAUGUGUUAAAAUAUGUCAGUUAAACUUAAUAGAUAAAUAACUCAGUAAUAAUUUUAUCAAGUUCAAAGUGCAGCGCAAAAUUGAAACAAAUGGUUUUAUCAUUAUCCUGAAAUUUAUUCGGCAGAAAUAAAAAACGUUGUAAAAGAUUCAUUAUUUCUAAAGUCACGGUUGAAAACACAGAUUUAGUAUACGUAACUGUAGAUAGGGGACAGGGUUCCUCUGAUACACUACUGACGUAAAAAUACAAAACAUGUGUACGUUGUGUAAUCUGUAAUAAUUGAUAAAUAUCAAAAGUAAUAAAAUACUAAGAAAAUUAUCAAGAAAUAACUAACAUGGAUUUAAUUAACACUUGAAGAUUUUUCUAUUUAUAAAAUAAUGACGAUGCUAACAAGUUAAAUAUAUUUUCUUUUAUUAACUAGAUCUCUUAAAAUUUUUGUAAAAUAAUAUUUGAUGAGUAAAAUGACAAAUUUUUAUUUAUUUUUAUUAAUAAAUGCAUUUAUUUACACAAUUGUAUCGGCUUCCACGGGCGACAGGUCCCAGUUUUAUAGACAGUGUUUAAUUGUUUGUUAUUCUACUAGUUGUAAACACAAUGUUGAAUUUGAAGUUGUUUCCUUUGAAAAUGGUGGAUUCUUAUCCUGGUCAUGCGAAGAAAACUGCCGGUAUGAUUGCAUGUGGGAAACUGUUAAUCAUUUUAUUGAUCACGGUCAUCACGUACCACAGUUUCAUGGCAAGUGGCCAUUUAUUAGAAUGUUUGGAUUCCAAGAACCAGCUUCUGUAAUAUUUUCAAUUCUUAAUUUCUACGCUCACGUUAUGAUGUACCGAAAAUUCCGCCGAGAAAUAAAAUCCUCCAUGCCUAUGUCUUUAGUAUGGACUUAUUUCACCGUUGUUUGUCUGAAUGCUUGGUUUUGGUCGGCAGUAUUCCAUGCAAGAGAUAAACCAUUCACCGAAGUAAUGGAUUACUCUUGUGCAUUUACGAUGGUGAUAACUCUCCUCUUCUGUAUGCUGACAAGAAUAUUUCAUAAAAACAAUAAGAUACUUGCUGUGAUAACUUUUGGAUAUAUUUGUAUGCUCGUCACUCAUUUGUCUCAUCUGUGGUCUGGAAGCAUUAAUUAUGGAUACAACAUGAAAAUAAAUAUUUUUUUUGGAUUUUUGACGUUUCUUAUCACGAUGAUUUGGUGGUAUCGUAAUUCUUCAAAACUUCCUCAUUCUUAUCUUAUCGGCUGGUUUACGAUCUUGACUGUGGCGGUUACUCUAUUAGAAGUAGCUGAUUUUCCACCGAUAUUUUGGACCCUUGAUGCUCAUGCCCUUUGGCAUGCUUCUACCGCUCCGCUUGUUUAUUUAUUAUACAAAUUUAUGAUCUCAGACUGUCAUUAUUUAAGAAAGCAAUAUAGUUAUCAGGUAAUAUCAGACAUUCACAUUGACUAAUAAGUAGAUUAAAUAAUAAUCAAUUUUUUUUUUUUAAAUAAUAGACAUUUGUAGGUAGAAAAUCAAUAAAAACAA